AUGGUUUCAAUGAUUCAACAGUUUGAAGUGUUGUAUCUGGAUAUGGUGGGACGUCAAUACGAUUGCUUGAUUAACCCUCUCGGGGCCGUCCGAUCAACGUUUGAGAAGGUGGUGGCAACUGGUGCAGAUCCGACAUCAUUUGACGAUUUGAGUAUCCACAACGUUUCAGAAAUUAAUGAAAGAGAACUGCAUGGAGCCUUUCUUUGUCUCUCAGGUCUUCUGUAUGGGACUUUGCGAAGAAGAUCUUGCGAAAGUAGUUCAGGACGAUCGUCAUUCUUUGUGAUCGACUAUCUCGCUCGAUUCGCCGUCGAUGAACACAACAAGAAGCAGAAUACCCUGCUGGAAUUUGGUAAGGUACUGGAUGCAAAGGAGCAGUUAGUAGCUGGUACAUUGUAUUUUAUCACACUUGAAGCAACUGAUGGUGGUGUCAAAAAGACUUACGAAGCCAAGGUUUGGGUUAAGGAAUGGGAAAACUUCAAAGAAUUGCUGGAGUUCAAGCCUGUUGAUGCUGCCACCCCAGUUUGUGGAGGAAUUACAGAAGUAAAGGACUUUGCAAACAGCCUUGUGAUCGACGAUUUCGCUCGAUUCGCCGUGGAUGAACACAACAAUAAGCAGGCAUCAUAUAUCUCUUUGCUAUUUGGUGCUGUAGGUACUGUGAUAUCGAUCACCAUCAUUUCGUUUGGUGCUAUACACAUUUUCAAAAGAAUGAAUGUCGGUUCUCUUGACCUCGGAUAUUUUCUUGGUAUCGCUUACUUAACUCUUUUAUGUCAUCGCCUUUCUAAAUAUACCUAAAGUUCCUGUUCAAACCAGUCUAAAUGAGCAAAAACAAAUGUCUCAUUGACAUACUAUUUGUUUAGGUUUCUCACUUUCUUGAGCCGGUUAAAGCUAGGUUCACAAGAUCACAAUUUAUUUAGAGACGCUAAACAUCUCUGAUGGUACAUUGGUGGUUGCUAUAUAGAUGCAUUUAAGGGUCUAUGUAAUCGUUCAGCUAAUAGAGCUUGAACUCGAGCUUUCAUGUUUCAUACUCAAAGCUCAAGUGUGGCUUGUGAGAAUUUUUUAUAGCUUGACUUGGGCUUAGCGUGUGUAUUAUUUAUUAUAUUUAUCUAAGUAUGUUAUUUAUAUACACAUUUAAUUAUCUUAUAUAUAACAGGAUUCAUAUUAUUUGUUUAUUUUUGUCAUGAUAAUAUAUACUUAUUUUUAUUAUGUAAGAUAUGUAUAAUUGUUAUAUGAAAUAAAAAUUUUACUGUUUAUGUAAAUUUCUCAUACAGGCUUGCAUUAGUCAAGCUCGGUAUAUGAAACUCGGGUUCGUUUAUUAAAUGGGCUAUUUUUUCAAACUCAAGCUUCGGCUCGGGGGGGUUACGGACAUUAUAUGGGUGUUAUCUUUUUUUGGUUCACAGGCUGCUGAAUAGGUUGGUUUGUUUUUGUUGUAGGUAUGUAAAAAGUUACCAGAAAAGAGAGAAGUUGGAGCACAGGUACUAAAUCGUCGUUUGGCCUUGGGAUUGAUUACAAAGGAAGAAUAAUGUGUUGUAGUCAAUGAUGGAUUUGUUUUUCUUGGUUUUGUAGUAUAUUUAUUCAUUACAAAGUGUUUUUCCCCUCCAUCAAAGAACAAAAGAAAACACAAGAUACUUUUUUUUUUUCCUUUUUGAGUAUAUACUUGUUGAAAACCAACCAGUUGUCAUUUUCUACGUUGUGAUCUUCAGUGGCGAAGCUUGAGAUUUCCGACCGGGGUUUUUAACG